AUGUCUCAAUCACUUCGUCCAUACCUUCAAUGUGUGCGCUCAUCGCUGACCGCAGCAUUGGCGAUCUCCAACUUCGCUUCACAGACAUCCGAGCGUCAUAAUGUCCCGGAAAUCGAAGCGCAAACCUCACCGGAGCUUAUCCUGAACCCCUUGACGGUAUCUCGCAAUGCGGAAGAACGUGUACUCAUCGAACCAUCUGUAAACAGUGUCCGAGUUUCUAUCAGAAUCAAACAAGCGGAUGAGAUCGAGCACAUCUUGGUCCACAAGUUCACCCGUUUCCUCCAACAACGUGCCGAAUCCUUCUUCAUUCUUCGCCGAAAGCCUAUUAAGGGAUACGACAUCUCUUUCUUGAUUACCAAUGUGCACGUUGAAGCAAUGCUGAAGCACAAGUUGGUGGACUUUAUUAUCCAAUUUAUGGAGGAGGUCGACAAGGAGAUCUCCGAGAUGAAGUUGUUUUUGAAUGCGCGAGCCCGUUUUGUGGCCGAAUCUUUCUUGACUCCGUUCGAUUAA